AUGGGUAGCUUGUUGAGGCCGGUUGAUUUGGUAAACCAGCCACUUGGGUUUCAAGAAAGAUAUAAGAUUUUGCAAAAAUUAUUUACACAGUUACAAAAGGCGUAUGCACAUUCAAAAAGAACCAAUAUGGAUCUUGAAAGGCUGGCAACUCGUUUAGAAGUUCAUGUAGCCAAAAAUAGUUUGUCCGGUCAGAGUUAUAAAUUUAAUAUGAGUAUUCUCUUACGGGAUAUACUCAAGUACAAGGGAGAUCUCUCGAAGGUCAAAAUUAAUGGACGUCCCCUCAAAGGAUCCAAACCAAGUAGCAAUACGGGGCCGAUCUUUACAAGGUCACAAGCUAUGGAGGCUCUUAAAGCUUUGAUUUUAGAUGUAAAAGCUUUGGAAAAGAAUGGUUACAUCGUUGAGGAACUGCAAAAGGAAAGUAAUGAUGAAUGUGAUACUCAAUUGUAUGUACCAUGUCUGAGAUGCAAUACAAAUUUUAAAAAAAUAGAUAUAAUGGAAAACGCCUUAUGUAGAUUCCAUCCGCUAAAGAAAAUAUACAACAGGGAGACUAGAUGUCACCUUUAUCCGUGCUGUGGUGAGACCACCAACUCUGUGUCUUUUUUGAGACUAGGAUGUAAGACGUCCCACCACCAUGUGUACAGAGGAGAAUCAUAUAGCGAUUUGUGUAAAAUUUCCGAGUUUUCUAGUAGCGCACACAUCGAUGGAGUUGAAAAUGUUCUCUCUCUCGAUUGUGAGAUGGCUUUCACAUCCCUAGGUUACGAAAUGAUACGUUUGACGAUUGUGGAUUUUUUCACAGGAGAAACACUAUUUGAUCAUGUUAUUCAACCAGUGGGUGAAAUUGUUGACCUAAAUUCCGACUUCAGUGGUGUCCAUGAGAUUGAUCAAACUAAAUGUCCCACGUAUAGGGAGGCGAUUGGUAUGUUUUUAUCUGAAAAUUUGAUAAAUAAAAACAGUAUACUCAUCGGCCACGGAUUAGAGAACGAUCUAAAUGUUAUGAGAAUAUUUCACAACAAGGUGAUAGACACGGCAGUUCUAUAUUCAAAAACAAAAUUCAAGGUAUCUUUGAAAAAUUUAGCAUUUGAAUUUUUAAGUAGGAAAAUCCAAAAUGGAGAGCAUGAUAGUUCUCAAGAUGCAAUAGCUACGAUGGAUGUCGUAAAAGUUAAAAUAGGUGUUUCUCCAAGUCAAAAGAUUUGGGAGUAG